AUGGCAAACACCGGAGCCGCGAAAACGUCCGAGAACGCAGAGGCGGGCGAGGGAACGCGCGGGGUUUCGCCCAAAGCAAGGAGCCACCGAUAUCCUGGAGGCACAAAGUGCCGAUUUGGAGCCAAAAAAACCUCGGCGCCCAGGAUUGGGGCCGAGCCGCAGGUCCCCGCAGGCCGGUGGAGCUGCGGCCUGAACACCGACCCCACCCCCACGCGACCCCUUUCCCGCCGCCCCGGAGCGCGCCGGGGCCUCUGGUCGACCUCGUGCGCGGGGCGGCGCGGAGAGGGACCCGGACCCCGCUGCGGGGCCGUCCAGCCUCGGCCGUCCGGGCGGGGGCCUCUCCGCGCGAGGGGCGCUGCCUGCCCGUCCCCCCGCCGCGGCCCUCCCCCAGAGAGGCUCCGGCCGGACCCAGCCAGAGACCCGCUUCUUGCGGCUCCGGGAUCCCGGGAUCCGGCUUCAGCCCACGGCGUCGGCCCCGGUUCGCGGUCCGCGGCCCCGGCCCUUGAGCGGGCUUCGGCCGGAAGCUCGCAACUCGCGGGUCCCGCCCCGGCCCCCCCGCGACCGCCACCCCCCCCAGCCCCCGGCUCUCGGCCCCGCCCGCGGCUCCGGGUUCGCGACUCGCCCUCCCCCCGACCCCCCCAACCGCGGCUGUUGUUCCGGUUCCCGCUCCAGAUGCCCCAAGCUCGCGGCUCGCGGCCCCUGCCCCAGCUCAGGCGCCGCUCCCCACCCGCAGCACUCGCCCCCGAGCCUCCGGCCCGACCCCGGGGUCACAGACCCCGCUUGAUAUGCGGCCCCCGACCCCGCGGCUCCUGCCGUAGACUUGGGGUGAACAGUGGCGGCACCUCCGACCUCCGGGCAUGGCAGCGGCAGGAGUGA